UUAAUCACCUCUGGGUUUUUUAUUUUUUGCAAAACAAACCAAAAACUGAAAAUUUUGAAAAAAAAGUUUUUUCUUAGUUUUAGUUAUAAAAUUUUGUAAAUAAGUGAUUUUUCUCCUUCACUGAUGUGCGCUAAUGAGGUUGCAGUGAUGGGAACUGAUAGGCUGCACUGAUAGGCACUGAUAUGUGUCAUUGAUGUGGCACUGAUGGGCACUGGCAGGUGGCAUUGAUGGACACUGACAGG